AGCCCUUCAAAAAAAGAAAAGAAAAAAAACAUGAUACGAUUGCUUAAAAAAUAAACGGAGUAUUAGUUGACGAGUUGACGUUAGAAACGGAGUAUUGACAAUUAAAAAAAAAAAGUAAAAGAGCAGUACUCCGUAUAUCGGAGCUUUUGAAGUGGUUCCCUCGGGGCUUCCCUGUGUCUCUCCUCCAUUGAAGUGGUUUCUUUCUUUGAUUGAAUUGAAGCAGGGUGCGCAAGGAGCUAAGGAUUUGGGUUACAUUAUUGAUGAUGUCCUUUAGAUGAUGCAGGAAAUGGAAGCAAUUCCCGUUGAAUCAAAAGACCAAACGGCUUCAGUUUCUGCUCCACAAGCUGAGCCUGAAGAUCAUGAGAUCAAAGCUCGAGUGGAUGCUGUGUGGCAGAAGAUGAAUAAAGGAGUAUCUACAAAUACACUAAACUCCAUUGUAAACAAACAUACUCCAAAUGGAAAUAAAGCUCCACAGACAGAUAAAGCUUCCAAUAAUUGGAUGUCAUUAUUGGGUUUGGGACCAAAAAAACCACAAGAGGCUAAUGGGGCAUCCUCAGAAAGGAAGCACUCCACUACUGCACACAAUGGAACCAGUGAUGAGGCCAAGAAGCUUGCAGCUACUGCUCUUGCAGCUGCCAGAGAUGCUGCUGCUGCCUCUGCAUCAAACAGGGGAAAAGUCGAGGUCACUGAGUUUCGAGACUUUGCUGGUGAAGAGAUUGAGGUGAAGAAGAUGGUUGACCCCAGCUCAAAAGAAGCAGCUGAAAGGGCUAAGGCACAAGCAGGGCCAUCUUCUGUUGUGGAUUCUGUACUGGAACAAAUAAAGAAGAAACCAAAGCUUAGUCUUCUUGAUAAGACCAAAAAGGACUGGGGAGAAUUCAAAGGAGAAAAUAAGGAUUAUGAGGAAGAAUUAGAUGCCUACAAGAAAAGUUCAAAUCAAUAUUUAGACAAGGUCUCCUUCCUAAGUAGGGCAGAUUACCGGGAAUUUGAAAGGGAGAGAGAUGUUCGACUUGCACAACAGGCAAAGAGGAAGCCAGAUAUGCGAGAGGGUCCUUAGUUGUUUAUAUACAUGCAAUCUAUACAAUUUUAUGCUAUUGCAGUUUGUAGAUGUCCUCGCUUACUAUUGUGGGUGUCAUCAUGUUUUAUUGGAAAGGUUCCUGAUCAUUAAUUAGGCUUUGUACCAUUUUCUAAUUUUAGGAUAGUGCCAAUGCAAUGAGGCUGAAAUUAAACUAGAAUGAGCUUUGUGGGAUAUGUGUGUGAUUUGUGAUUCUUUGAUUGAACAGAUGUACCCCAAACUUUCAUUCUGAUAGGCAAUUAGAAAAAGGUUAAUUA